GGCGUGACAACAGAGGCGCGUUCACGUGUUCGCCACCGGCUCCUGCGCUGUAAAGAGAGAGGGGGGGAGAGAGAGCAUCAUCAAAACAGUGGCACACAGCUAGCUUCCUUUUGCCCUCACAUCCGAAGAGGACACCUGGGAAUUCAGAGGUUAAAUCAGAAUAAAAACAACACGAGAGAACAGAGGAAGCUGCGCGUAAAGGGACCGAGGAGAAACGAGCAUCCAUCCUUGCAUCCUUGCAUCAGCAGCAGCAGGAACAGAUUCGGGGAUUUUCCGUAUCGGUUGCCCGGUGCUCCACACACCCUGUGCCUUUGAACCAGCAGCGGCGGAGGAGGAGGGGAGCACCAGAGAGGAAGGGGGACCAUGGAGGGGAUGCAGGCAUAUGGAGCAGGGAAAGCUGGAGGAGCCUUCGACCCCGUCACCUUCUUCCAGCAGCCUCAGACUAUUCUCCGCAUAGUGUCUUGGCUCUUCUCCAUCGUGAUCUUUGGCUGCAUCGCCAACGAGGGCUACAUCAACCGCCCCAAUGAGCGGGAGGAAUACUGCAUCUUCAACCGCAACCAGAACGCCUGUAACUACGGAGUCUUCAUGGGCUCCAUGGCCUUCCUCUGCUGCAUGGCCUUCCUGGCUCUGGAUGUGUACUUCCCCCAGAUCAGCAGCGUCAAAGACCGGAAGAAGGCGGUGCUGGCUGAUGUCGGGGUAUCAGCGUUCUGGUCCUUCAUGUGGUUCGUGGGUUUCUGUUUCCUGGCAAACCAGUGGCAGGUGACCAAUCAUGAUGACAACCCCCUAAAGGAGGGGGGAGACGCUGCUCGGGCGGCCAUUACCUUCUCUUUCUUUUCCAUCUUCACCUGGGCGGGUCAGGCCUUCCUGGGCUUCCAGAAGUACAAGCUGGGGGCCGACUCAGCCCUCUUCUCCCAGGACUACACGGACCCGAGCCAGGAUGCAGCCGGAGCCCCUUACACUUCCUUCGGAGGGGACGACGUGGAGAGCCCUGGAGGAGGGGGCCAGGCUAACAGCGACGGGGCCUUUGACGGGAGCGGCGGCUACCAGCGUCAGGAUUACUGAGUUGCUGAAGAGGUUCUGCAGGUUGAAGUUGCCCACAGUUUCCAAUGUAGAGUGCGUUAGAACAGUUUCAGUCACGCUAAAAGCACCGGGUUCAUAGUUAUAGCACCGACACACACCACACCAAUGGGAUCUAGUGUGAGACCUACAAAGAGUAAAGGAUGGUGUGUAAAAUUAGAGAAUCUGUUUGCAAAGUUACUUUAAAAAAACGUCAAUAAAAUAUUCAAAAUCAAUCAAUCUUUAUUCAUAUAGCACCAAAUCACAACAAAUGUUAUCUGAAGACUCUUUCCAAACAGACCAGGUCUAGACCACUCUAUGUUCUAUUAUUAACAAAGACCCAACAUCAAGACAGGAUAAGAUCCAGUCCAAUCUUACAGACAGGACUCAGUCUUACCCCACCUUAAUCUACCAUGAGCAUUGCACCUUGUAGUAUUUAGCUAGUUACAGUGGCGAGGAAAAACUUCCUUUUAACAGGCAGAAACCUCCAGCAGGACCAGACUCAUGUUAGACACACAUCUGAGACCGUGAUGGGUCUGGAAAGGUUGUUUUAAUGACUGUAUAGACACCUGAGGAUGGGAGGUGUGGGUUUUCAACCAAAGAGAGUACUCAUGAUGACCGUGGUUGAAGCAGGCCUCAUUCACAGAGUCCACUAUGUUAAUCCACUCAUUUUCUACAGUAGCCCUUUAAGGACAAACAAAACGCUUCUGCUAAAACAGGCUUUUUUUUAUGUUAAGCUUUUACAUUUAAAGCUGCUGUUGGUAGGAAUGGUGUAAAUGUGUUCUGCUGGGUUUGGAGAAAAGGUCAUAAUACCCAUCUGUACUCAUGUGAAGUGAAGUAAUUUGAGAUUAUGGCGAUAUCUCUGUGUUUUCCAAUGCCUUUGCAUCUGGCAUUGUUAUUAUCCCCCUCUUUCCUGUUAUCACGGACCAAUCAGAGCUACUCCCCAACCCUCUGUCCUGACUGGUCGAGUGGCGGCCCCACUACGUCGCCCUGAUUAGCUGGGAAGCCACUACUUCCUCAUAGAAUGCACACAACCAUAGACAUAAAGAGUAGACACCACAUCGACUGCUACUACCUAUUGGCGCUGACGUGCCGUGGGGCCGCCAUCUUGGUCCGGUCACCUGCUCCACUCAGUGUAAUCUGUUUGGCAGUGUCAGUGCAUUUAAUCAAUCAUAACUCACUGAAUACUGAACUGAUUUUCAUGCAGGGUUUUUUUUCUGCAAACGUCAUACAUGUAGGUAUGAUACAGGACACAUGGUUCGGCGUAUUUUAACAUUCACAAUGGGCUUAACAGUAAUAGAAUAUUCUGAUAUCUGAUGUAUGAUGAGGUAUUUUGCUGCACAGUGCUCUGGCAUCUUGAAGUCUCUGCUGCUUCAGUUUACGUUUACAGGUAGGAUCAUGGGUAGGAUGACCAGAUCAAGAUGGCGGCCGUAUUUCUUGCGCCCCUACUCUUUAUAUGUCUAUGCGCACAACAGAGCACUUUUGUGGGCGGGGUUAUGGGAGCAGAGAGGGGGAAGCUACCAACAGCAGCUUUAAAACUGCAAAGGAAGAACAAACAAUGAUGAAAAUCUGUAACAAAACUGGACAUGUAUGUUCUAGAAGAGCUGGAGCAGGUGAUCAAAGUUCGUAACUAGUUUAAUUUGACUAAAUAACCUUAACAAUUAGAUUAAAACACUGACACUGGGUUCAAAAACCAAUGUCUUGGGUAAUGUAGGUGAUGUAGUGACCCAAUCUGACUUUGAUCCGGUGCUUUUUAGUGUGUAGCACUACAUUAGGUCGGGGAGAAGCUGGUUGGUUUCGUACCUCUGGCUGUGACUCUGAAGUUAUGGGGCUGAUUUCCAUUAGUAUAAGACUUUACCUCUAUCACAGAAAUUAUGGGCAACUUUCAUCGAUUUUCAGAGGCUAGGAGAACAGCGAAGUUUUGGAGAAGAUGUCAAUUAGCUGUGAGUCUGCAGGGAAAUACUGCAAAGGGUUCAGGGAGUCCGGGGUUUUAAAGAGACACUGUGUGUGGUUAGAGAUGUUAAAAAACAAAAACAGAGGUGAGAAGCAUUCACAGGUCAAGGGUACACAGAAACGGUCACCUCGUAGCAGAUCAGUGCUAGUGACCACAAUGCCUUCAUCUUCUGACGUCUGCAGUCAGUCAGCAAAACGACUAAGAUCAGUGUUAAUUGAAACACAAACACACAGGUAACAGACACACACACACAUACGAGCACACGUACACAACGCAUCGAUUUCAAACACACAACACAGGUUUUCUGCUGACGAAACUCCUCAGAGGUGCAUCACAGGAUCUCAGCAUAGACAAACAAGCAGCAGUGGCAUAUCUGGCAACUAAUCCCCUCAACUGUUACAAGGAGUGUGUUUGGUGUGUGUGUGUGUGCUGAAAGGUCUCCUUUGGGUUUUAAUGAAGCGUGGAUGUGGGACAAUGUGUGUUUUCUUGUUUCCCUGAAGAAGCCACUUUUUUUUCUUUCCUCAAUUGUUGCCUUAGUGCUGACUGCCAAGUGAAAUCCAAUGAACACAGGACAACACAAAACCCAACAACAUGCGCGCAAUCCAAGUUUCUCUUGCAGCGUGUUUGGAGCAAAAGCAAGCAAAUCUCCUUUUUUUGCUUGCUUUUGUUCCUGAGCAUGUUAAAACACUGAACUAAACAAGCAUUGUCAUAGUGAUAGAGCACCUCAAAAUGACACAGUCUCCUAUCAACAGGCCUUUACACACCAAAUUCAACACUGAAGAACUGCAGGUUGUUUAUCUCUCCACUAUAUUUCAACAGAUCUACGGAUGAGGCCACCCUGAGCAUCCUGAGUAUUUAUGAACAUGCAUUGCUCCAUUUUCUUAAAGAAUAAAGUCUAUCUAUCUCUCUAUAAAUAUAUGUAAAUCUAUAAUUCAGUAUAUUAGAGUGUUUGAAGAAAAAGAUUCUGCUUUAUUUUAGGGCAUUAUGCUAGUUCUGUACAAAAAAAGAAAAGACAUAAGAAAGACGAUCUAUGUUCUGUUGAGUGUUAUCGUGAUAAGAUAUACAGUGGGGUCGUCCACGCCUCCUUUUUGUUGCUUUCAGGGUACGGAGAAGUUUUUAUUUUGGGAUAAUAAUACUAACUAUAAAAAAAAGCAACAAAAAAUGUGACCAAAUUAUCAAAGUAUAUAUGCGUAUAUACUUUAUACUGUACAACCGUGUAGCCGUAGAAAUGUGUGACGUUCCUUUGUGAAAUCUGUUAAAAAUGCAAGGUCAGAUUUAAGGUUGUGUACAAAUGUAUGUUUUUGAUGUGUUUGAUUUUAACCAAUAAAAAUAAAGAUAAGAUACUGA